AUGCAAACGGUCGCGGAGCAUUCAGGAAAAUGGCCGAAUGCUUUGUUGCUGCGUGAGGGUGAACGAAGACAAUUUCCAAAUAGGACUAGCGCGUUUCCGCCGUGUCAAUUCCCGAUCAGUGCAGGAGUACCGGUACGUUUGGCUCCUCCCGCGGCUCGGGUCCGGAAGAAGGCAGCCUCCGACCCUUUCCCCCAUCCCGUGUCGUCUCGGGCGCUCGCCAGCCAGGGGCACGGUACUGACGGGAGAUGGGAAUUUGGGAAAGCGUCGGAGGAUCCACCGCCCGCUCCAAGACUGGCACAAUUGGGUCAGCCGGCCAAGACUACCCAGCGCACUGGCCAUAGUACCGCCGUCCAGUGUCAUGUGCUCUGCGGCAAAGGCGAGCUGACCUCAGUGCUUCACUUCCGCCGUCAAUCAACUGCAUCUUCUCAUCACAGCCUGUUUGACUAUCUCCAUCACCAAGUCUUCGUGCAGCAAGGUGCGCUCAAGCACUACCACCACCAUCUCGCACCUUAUCGCCACACAGUUGACUUCGCUGGGGGACCCCGUUUGGACCCCACUCCGGCAUCAACUGCAAGAUUUGUUUACCCGACAACCUCAACUUACCUACAUUUCACCGCUAGAGGUGCGGGACUCAUCUUUCCCACCCUUUGA